AUGUCCAAUAAUGAAAAUAACAACAACAACACUGUGAGUCAUAUGGUUGAUGAGGUGAUUAACGAAGAAUCAUCACAACAACAUGAAGAACAACAUGAAGAGGAAGAACAAACAACAAUACCUGUCUAUCGCGAAGAAACAAUAGAAUUGGAAGAUGAAAUGAUACAACAAGAAACAACAUCAUCUUCUCAUCAUGAAGAAGAAGUAAAUAAUACCUCCGAAGAUCAUUAUCAUGAAAAAAAGGAGAAAAUUAAUGAUGAAGAAACGGUUGAUGAAAAAGUUGAAAGAACAGAGCCAAUUGCCGAACCAUCAGUUGAUAAUAUUAGAGUUUCAAUUGAAAAGAGUGAUAUUAGUAGUAGUGUUGUGGGAGGUGCUGGAGAUCCAAAACCUAUCAGGGUAUUAAUUCCAUUGAUUGCAGCAAUUUUGAAUUUCGUUUAUGCGGUUAUCUUUUUAAUCUUGUCAUUUGUUGAAAUCAAGUUGACUAUUGAUUUUGUGCAAGAUUAUCAUGCAAAGUAUGAUAAGAAUGAGGAUUAUUAUGAAGAUAACGGAUAUUUGGAAGAUGAUCAAGUGAGUCUUUUUAGUGGAAUUAGUGUUUUUUGUUUGGUAAUUGCUGCAUUGAUGAGUUUGUUUGGAGCUACUUGUGGUUUAAUAUCAUGCAUAAUGAUCAUAAGGAAAGAAUUCUUCUUUGGUCUCUUGAAAACUCACAAGAAUUAUAUCAACACUAUUCUAGUAUUGGCUUGUAUGUGGUUGUUUACAAGUAUUGUUUCACUUGUUCCAUUCAGUGGAAUUUAUUUGGUUUUGGAUUUUGCUGUUCAAUUUGGAACUCAUAUCGGAUUUGACUGGUGGGCUCUUGUUGUUGUCUUGAUUGGUGCUAUCUUUGUUGGUUUUGCAGGUCUCUUAUUGAAGAGAAUAUGGGAAUUUAGAGCUGUCUAUGUUCAAUUCGGUACUUUGUAA